CAUCCUUGGGAGCUUUGCUGUGCACUUCUAAAAUUGUCAUCAUGAAGUCGACUUUUGCCGGCAUUUGUCUGUUGGGCCUCGUCGUCUUUACAGCGAUGGCACAUGCUCUUCCAGAGCGAAAAUCUAGUGUUGAGGUUGCAUUUGAGAGCGCCGCUCAAGAGGCCAUUUACUUGAGUGAGGUCCUUAACGACGUGGCAGACGCGCUAGCUGAGGACGAAGAGCUGAAAGCUCAGAGUGACGAGUACUUCAUCCGUGAUCUGUGGUCCAAAGCGAAGGAAGCCCUGAAAAACGCCACGCAGAAGGCAACGUCAUCCGUAAAAGGAGCUUACGAUGAGGCCAAGGAACACUUAAAAAAAGUCGCAAACGAAGCCCAGCAAAAACUGAAAGAAAAGGCAGCUGAGAUCAUGUCAAAGAUAUUGACUAAGAUUGCGGGCCAAUAUGCCCUCGAGGAUUCUAUCAGUCGCACUGACUUUAUGCAAAUCCUGCGCGAUCUCAUCAAGGGAGCAGCACAGCGACUUUUCAAUGUCGGCAAGGCUUUGGGACAACUUGAGCACUGAUGUAAUAAAG